AUGUCUACCCUCACUAUAAGAAGGACAGAGGAAGAUCAAGUCCAAGGAGACCCAGUCCGAGAAGAUGAAGAGCGAGCACAGGAUGAGCCAGCAGAAGCAGAAGACCACUCCCAUAUUUCCCAACUCCUUGCCCUCCCCCGUGAACUCCGCGAUCAAAUCUUCCUCCCUCUACUCCAACUCUCCCCAGGUUACUCCACUCCUCCCUCUCAACCCCACAUUACAUUCACCUGCCACCAACUCCGAUCAGAAACACUCCCAGCAUUCUACGCAAUCAACACAUUCCGCUUCCAACUCGAUUUCACAACAUUGCUUGYCCAAAAUCAGGCCUGGUUGAAGAGGACUGGGAAUGCAAAUGUGGAGUUGUUAAGGAAAGUGGAGUUGGUGGGAUGGAGGAGGAUUCCAUUUGGACACAUGUUUAGGCGUGUGAAGAUUGUUAUUUCGGUUGACUUACGGGCAGGGCAAAUCGACAUUGGAGGCGAGGGAGAGUUGGAGAGUGAGGAUGUGAAGGCGGUACGAAAGCGUUUCGAUGAUGGGAAGGAGUUGGGGUGGGAUGUGGUGCGAUUGGGUGAGCUGAUGGAGGCGUUCUGGUCGGGAUGUGCGGACAAUUAUUGA